AUGUCAGGUUCAUUGAUGAAUCUGUUUUCUCUCUGCUUCAAGCCGUUCGGGCACAUAUGCGAUAAUUCCGAGGCUGGAUCGGGCGGCGUUUCAUCAGGCGGCGAAGGCAAAGACGGACUCCUCUGGUUCCGUGAUCUCGGCAAAUACUCCGCCGGAGAAUUCUCCAUGGCUGUCAUUCAAGCCAAUCAGGUACUCGAAGACCAGAGCCAGAUCGAAUCCGGUAAUUUCGGCACUUUCGUCGGCGUCUAUGACGGCCACGGUGGCCCUGAAGCUGCCCGCUACGUCUGCGAUAAUCUCUUCAACCAUUUCCGAGAGAUAGCAGCGGAGACGCAAGGAGUUGUGACGAGGGAGACGAUAGAAAGAGCCUUUCACGCGACGGAAGAAGGAUUCGCUUCGAUCGUGUCAGAGCUGUGGAGUGAGAUACCGAAUUUGGCAACUGUUGGCACUUGCUGUUUAGUUGGAGUGAUAUAUCAGAAUACGCUCUUUGUGGCGAGCCUCGGGGAUUCACGGGUUGUUCUAGGAAAGAAAAGCAACUGUGGAGGGGUCUCUGCUAUGCAGCUGUCGAGUGAACACAAUGCCAACAACGAGGAUAUCCGUUGGGAACUUAAGGACUUGCAUCCUGAUGACUCGCAGAUCGUUGUGUUUAGGCAUGGAGUUUGGAGAGUCAAGGGCAUCAUUCAGGUUUCGAGGUCUAUAGGAGAUAUGUACAUGAAACGGCAAGAGUUUAACAGGCCGCCAAUCAACCAGAAGUUCAGAAUUGCAGAGCCAAUGAAGAGACCGUUGAUGUCUGCAACCCCGACCAUACUCGCUCAUCCUCUGCACCCUAAUGAUUUGUUCCUCAUUUUUGCAUCCGAUGGACUCUGGGAACAUUUGAGCAACGAAAAGGCAGUUGAGAUUGUUCAUAGCCAUCCCCGCGCAGGAAGUGCAAAGAGGCUAAUAAAGGCGGCUCUUCAGGAGGCAGCGAGGAAACGUGAGAUGAGAUAUUCUGAUCUAAGGAAGAUUGACAAGAAAGUGAGACGCCAUUUUCAUGAUGACAUCACAGUUAUAGUUGUGUUCCUGAACCAUGACCUCAUCUCCAGAGGCCACUACAACUCAACCCAAGACUCACCACCACUCUCUGUCCGGAGUGCUCUUGAACACUGA